AUGCCCCACCACGUGCUGGCCAUGGGGACGGUGUUGGCGGCCCUGGGGGCCAAGGCAGCUGGGUCCGCUGUGGACCCGGCAACCUUCAUUACCACAGGGGCUGCGCCCCUAGGCAAAGGGAUGGGCUCUGCGCUGCUUUCUGUGAAGGCUGGAAAGGCAGCAGCAGCAGCUGCUGCCCCUGCGGCGAGCUCCUUCCUUGCUCACGGCGGGGGAGACGCAGCAACGCAAGCAGCAGCAGCAGGAACCUCUGCACUAGCAGCCAAAGCACCUUCGGCGGGGGCUUUGACUGGGUCUGCGGCUACUGCAUCGAAAGGAGCGGCGACACUUCUGGCCAAGGGCAACGCAGGCGGCGCCGCUGCCAAGGCAGCCGCGGGCCCCGCGGGAGUGCAAACAGCAAUGUUGAAGACCUCACAGAAGGUCUGUCUGGCCAAGAAGAAAGCAGCUGUGGCGAAGGUCAAGCCGGGGGGAGCUUCGGGCUCCAGUUCUGCGGCUAAGGGCAGCAAGGCGGCGGCGAAGGCGCACAAAACGUCGGCGGGCGGCAAAGCAGCAAAGGGAGGCGAAAAGAGCGCGGGAUCCAAAGGGGGAGAAGCAGCGCAUGCAAAGCAUGCAGAAGGCAAAGGAAGCGGCGGCGGCAGCCACAAAGAACAUGAGUCCGGGCAUUCACAAAGCAGCAGCAGCGGACCCCAUCACCGCCACCACCAGUCGCACCACACAGAAGGUGCGCGCGGAGGUGGAGGCGGGGGAAACAGCGGCUUUCCCUCCACCAAUGACCAUUCAUAUUCCGGGGACUACGGCAAUGGGGAAGGUGGAUACUACGGAGAAGAAGAAGUGAUGCCAGGCUCUCUGGGGCCUUCUUCCAAGGCUGGGUUUCUGCAAGUCCACCAGGGACCUGCUGACGCCGGCUCUGCAGCUACGGCCGCCUCGUUCACGGGCACUUCCCACACAGCCACUACAGCAACUACAGCAGCCCACACCGGGACAGCAGCAGCAGCAGCAGCAGCAGCAGACCACGCCGCCGACGUUGCCACAGCUGUUCCGCCCGGAGACAUGGGAGCUUCUGUCGUGGACCCGUCAGCCGCAGGCGGGAACUUAACUGGCGGCGACAUGGGGCUCUCCGCCGACCCCGGGGCGGAAGCUGCAGCAGUUGAGGAGGUGGCGGCGGGCCCGUCCAAAGGGUCUACUAUUCUAAAGGGGCUGAUGCAAGGGGCCCUGGGUAUGGAAGGUUCUGAAGAUCAGGGCCUGCUGCAGAGUGUGUCGCAGCAAGCGGGCUACAACAUCUUCGGGAGCGUGCUGGACAACUCGCCCGUGCUGGGUGGCGCCGCCGCCAUCAUGGGCGCAGCAGCCAUGGACCCCACGGCCGCGGGCGCUGACUACGGGAUGGCAGAUGUUGACACGGAACUCGUAGAAGAACAGACCAUGGCGGUGGCUGCGUUUCUCCCGACGCUCUUCGGCCGGCUCUCAGGCCUUGGGAGUCCUCCGAAAGGCCCAAGCACAGCCAAGGCUGACAGCCGGCUGCGGAGGAGCGACUCUGCAGUGUCCACUGUGUGCUCGAGCGACGGCGCUCUCUCAGAUGGAAGCCCCAACUCGUAUCCUGAGCAUUUAUCAGCGCGGCGAGUCAUCAGAUCCCGUAUGGACAUCCGGAAGAUCAGCUAUGCAGCCUUUCUCUGCUGA